AUGGAUUCUCCAACGCGUCCCAUCCUCAGUCCCACGAAGAUCCUACUUCCGGUAUCGCCGGAACGCAUGAAUCAACAAACAAUCCCCGCCUCACCAUCGCUGCCCACAGACCUGCUAUCGCUGCACUACAAAAAUACAAAGGGUGUAUCCGAAGUUCAGGCCAAGGUUGCGUUCCUCAAUAGCCUCUCGCGAGGAGGCAGUCCCGUUACCCACACCCAAUCCGCCGCACACAAUGCCGCCCUCCAGCGAGCCAUUCUCGGUCGCGAAGAAGCCGAGUCUGCUCUGGCCACCGUGCAAGAAGAACUCUCCGAGGCGCAAUCCCGAGAACGUCGAAUCAGCGAACGUCUCGAGUCUUUGCUAGAAGAACUACAUGCUGCCAAAGAGCGCCAAGCCCACGAACGGUCAAUUUUUGAGAAAGAGAUCCGCAAAGCACGCAAAGAGGCCUUCCGAGCGGGUUCGACCCUCGUUAAGCUACAGGAAGAACUCAAGCACUCCAAAUCCGAGUCCAAGGCACUGAAAGAUGAAGUCGCUGCGGAGCGCGAGUCCAAGGAUAAGGCAAGACAAGAAGCAUUUGAACGUGCGUAUGCUCUUGCUGGCCUUACCGAAGAGCUAGAAAUGCUCAAGGGCAAGCUACGAUCGAUGGAAGCUGCCAAUAAAACUAAGAAGGAGAUGCAAAGAGAAAACUUUGGGCGGGUCUCUCUUGUAGAGGGCGAUCUUGCUUUCCUGGCAACCCCGCGACGACCCAAGCGCGCUGCUGUGGGAUCGGUCAAGUCUCCCGUGUCCGAAAUUGAGGCGGAUGAGGUUGUGGAGGCCACUCCACCUAAGCGUCAGCGUCUUUCGGAAUGUACGACCACUGCCGACACCGAAGAAACGGCUUCUGAUAUCUCGCCCUCUGAUGCGAACCUCGAGGUGUUAGAGGAGAUGAGAGAUGAGCUCGAGCAGGAACGCCGCCGUCGUACCGAGGCGGAAGAUAUGGUGCACUUCUUGAAUAUUGAGUGCCAGUUCCAGCGCUGCUCGUGUCGAAUUGCUGAGAGCCAGGGUCGUCGAUACAUCUACGACACCGAGUACUACGAGACCUUCCAGAAACCUCAAAUUGAGGCUAAGGCUGAGGCUGAGGCUGAAGCUGCUCGUCACGCCCACUCUCGCCAGAGCCAAAUGCAACAAAACCAGCUUGAACAAAUGGCCCCUCACCCUCAAUCAAGCCAUACCCCGAGUGUCGAGCCUCCUACCCAUGUUCAUCACCAGCCAGCUCCUCAAUCUGAACCCGUUUCCGGACCUGAGCCCGUCGUCAAGCCCGAGCCAGUGGACCUGCCCGAGAAGAUGCAGAUGCCGGAAGAGCCAUUAGUGACUUUCUCUCCAGAGACGGGCACUUUCAGGACGUUCCCGUCACCUCUCCGCGAUAACGUCCUGCCUCGGCGAACGGAUUCAUUCCCGAUUCCCGAUAUGCCCAGUUUGAAGCCCUCUGUGAAAAGCUGGAGAGACUCGGCCGCGUCUUCCAACUACGCCCCCGAUACGUUCUCACCCUCGGAAGAGCCGAGGACUUCACGGGCUAGCGCAGAGAACAUUCUUAGCGAGGGCGCGAAUGCCCGUCUAUCGGUGGAGUCUCGACCCUCCAGACGUACCGAGCGAGAUCCCUACAAACCAACGGUCUCCACCACGAAACGAGUUCCGCUUCGGGAAAAAGCUGGCACCCGGACUUCUGGCUCGUCUGGGCUUGUUCCAGACACUCCCAUCAAUCGAGAAGAUGCCCUUGCCCAGAUCGCGGCCCGCCGGGAUCGUGCCCGGAGCAAGCAACGCUCCGUGAGUGCAAACGAAGCAACUGGUUGUUCAGGAAGCACAGCCACGGGUCGGGGCCCAAGACGCAUGCCCAAUCUACGUGCAGAUGGCAAACCGGAAAACGACCUGGCUGAGCGUCGGGACCUGAGUGCUCCUGUCCGGAUGUACCGAAGAUAA